CGACACCGUUUGUUCCAGCGUCUCAUUCUCCUGCAGCGGAGACUCGUGGAGCUCGAUCCUCGAAGCCCAAAUGGACUAAAACCCUCAACUCUUUGGACUCUUUGUUGAAGGGUCGUAGGGAAGCGUCUUUAACAUGAGGGCAUGUGUCGCGGCUGAGAAGGUCUGAGAUUUUAAAAAAAAGGCACCUUCUAGUCUUUAGUGUGCGUCUUUGCUCUUUGAGUUCUUUGAGUUGAGGUAACAGAGGCUGAGACCCAACGGGUCAUGGCAGGCACAGGCGGCCCGGUGGCCACCUUCUCUGUGUGGGACUAUGUGGUGUUCGCCGGAAUCAUCCUGGUGGCGGCGGGCAUCGGCCUUUUCCAGGCCAUCCGGAGCCGCAAGGAGACCAGCAACGCCGAGUUCCUGCUGGGCGGCCGGCAGAUGACGGCGGUGCCGGUGGCCAUGUCGCUCACCGCCAGCUUCAUGUCCGGCAUCACGGUCAUCGGGACGCCCACCGAGGCCUACCGCUUCGGCGCCGCCUUCUGGAUCUUCGGCUUCUCCUACGCCGUCAUGUCCGCCGUCACCGCCGAGAUCUUCGUCCCGCUCUUCUACAGGCUGGGCAUCACCAGCGCCUACGAGUACCUGGAGAUGCGCUUCAACCGGCCCCUCCGGAUUAUCGGGACCUCCAUGUACAUCGUGCAGACGAGCCUCUACACCGGCAUGGUCAUCUACGCUCCUGCUCUCGCACUAAAUCAGAUCACUGGACUGGAUCUAUGGGGAGUGCUGGUGGCCACAGGAGCCGUGUGCAUCCUCUACUGCACUUUGGGCGGUCUGAAAGCCGUGAUCUGGACGGACGUGAUACAGAUGGUCAUCAUGCUGGCGGGCUUCGUGGCGGUCAUAGCCAGAGGAGCUGUGCUGCAGGGAGGCCUCACCAAGAUCUGGGAGGACGCCGGCCGAGGAGGCCGACUCGAGGCCUUUGAUUUCGACCCAGACCCUCUGAGGCGACACACCUUCUGGACCAUCGUGGUCGGCGGCAGCGUCAUGUGGGUGUCCAUCUACGCCAUCAACCAGUCACAGGUGCAACGCUACGUCUCCUGCAGAACGCUGGGACACGCCAAGAUGUCUCUGUACGUCAACCUGCUGGGCUUGUGGGUAACCGUGAGCCUGGCGGUGUUUGCUGGCCUCACCAUGUUCUCCAUCUACAAGGACUGCGACCCUCUAGCAAACGGCGACAUAGGCACCCAGGACCAGCUGCUGCCGUACCUGGUGAUGGACAUCUUGUCCGAUUACCCUGGGAUCCCCGGCUUGUUUGUGGCCGCGGCGUACAGCGGUACCCUGAGCACGGUGUCUUCCAGCAUCAACGCCCUGGUCGCUGUCACCGUGGAGGACUUUAUUCUCCCGAUAUGCAAAAACCUCACAGAGAAGCAGGUGUCCUGGAUGAACAUGGGCUUGAGUGUGUUCUUCGGCGCGUUGUGCAUCGGGAUGGCGGGAGUGGCCUCGGUGAUGGGAAGCGUUCUGCAGGCCGCUCUGUCCAUCUUCGGCAUGAUCAGCGGGCCUCUGCUCGGCCUCUACCUGCUCGGCAUGCUGUUCCGCACCUCCAACGCCACAGGGGGGCUCGUGGGGAUGAUCCUGGGCCUGCUGUUGACUCUGUGGGUGGGGAUUGGAGGACAGAUUUACCCAGCGACAGCUGAAAAGACACUUCCGCUCCCAAUAAGCACGGCGGGCUGCAACAACACGAUGGGCCAAAACCACACGACCAGCGCGCCGUGGACCAGCGCGCUGCCCCCCACCUCGCCCCCCCAUGUGAGGCCUCCUCUGGCGGACUCCUGGUACUCUCUGUCCUACCUGUACUUCUCUCUGGUGGGGGCCGUGACCACCGUAGUGUGUGGCCUGCUGGUUAGCGUGAUCACAGGUGGAUGCAAGCAGGAAGAAAUCAACCCUGAUCUGUUUGUGAAGAUGAGUGACAUCAUCUGCUUCAGCUCCUGCAGUAAAUCAGAGGCUUCUGACGUCACAGAGAAACCUGCAACAGACUUUGACUUGAAAGCUGACAACUCCACACCCAAAGACUUUGACCUGAUGAGUAAAGAUGCCGAAAAGGCCACCAAACUGUGAUGCAAAUACAAAAUAUGACUAAAGUUUUCAAGUGAAGGAAUCGCCUGAGAACAAGCGGAUGAGCUUGGAACAACCAACACAGAACUCCACAGCUGUCCUAUUCAUGUAUCUACCCCCCCCCC